AUGUCGCCAGCAUCGUUAGCUUCGCCUGCGUCCCCCGUGAUGGCAGCGCCAGUAGGGGGAAGCGCGGCGCAAGGUGGGGAAAGCGGUGCGCAAGCGGUAGGGAGAAGCGGCCUAGGGGCAGCGGGAAGCAGUGCGCGAUCAGGGGGGGCAAAUGCGCCGGCGGUAGGGGGAAGCGGCACACGAACCAUAGGAGGAAUCACCGCGCGCGCGGCGGGGGGAGGCGGCGCACGCGCGGUGGUGCGCGUGGUGCGCGCGGACGGGAUGGACGUGGAGGCGCAGCUGCGGCUGGAGGAGAAGCUUCUCAGAAGCGACCCGACAAACAGCAACUGGUUCGUCUUCAAUGCUGACGUGGCAGCGCCGACCAUCGUGAUGGGGAUUUCAGGCAAGCCGCACGAACUGCUUCACACCGAGGCUGUCCUUGAGGCUCGGGUGCCGGUGGUCCGCCGGUUCAGCGGCGGAGGUACGGUGGUGCUGGACUCAGGCUCGGUGCUGACGAGCCUGAUCUGCCGGCGCGCGGCGGUGCCGGACCUGCCACUGUACCCUCGGCCCAUAAUGGAAUGGACGGAGGGGCUGCUGGGGCCGGCCAUGACAAAUGUUCCGGGAUUCGCACUUAGAGAUAAUGACUAUGUGCCCUGCCCCGUGGGCCAACCUCAAUAUACCCCAAUCCCAACCUCCCUGCAUCAUCACUGUGCCACGUCAUCAGACUACGUGGUGGGAGAUCUCAAGGUGGGCGGCAACGCGCAGAGCAUCAUGGGCAGCAGCUUUCUGCACCACACGUCGUUCCUCUGGGACUUCUGCUCGCACCGCAUGGCGCUGCUGCAGCAGCCCUCGCGUGCUCCUGAGUACAGACAGGUGAGUCUGUGGCAUAUCGUUUUAAUAUGGGGCACGCCAGCGGCAAAGACCAUAGUGCUGCCAGCCAAGGCUGGGAAGCAUGCGGCCACGGUGGUGUGGCUGCACGGGCUGGGGGAUACCGGCUAUGGAUGGUCCGAUCUCUGCGAGACAGUUAACCUCCCACAUAUCAAGUGGAUCCUCCCCAGCGCCCCCAUCGCCUCUGUCACGAUCAAUGGCGGCAUGCCAUGCCCCUCAUGGUUCGACCUGUUCGGGCUGGACGCAAGUGCACGGGACGACGUGAAGGGCAUCGAUGCUGCUGCCAGAUAUGUGGCUGGGAUUCUGGAGGAGGAGAAGCGAGCCAACCCAGAUGUCAAGUUUGCAGUGGGUGGGUUCAGUCAAGGGGGCGCUCUCUCACUGUACCUCAUGUCCCGGAAGGUUCUGGGAAAGUUUGAGGAUGGUUCCGAUGCCUCGGCUGUGCCGCUCCACGCCUCUGUUGCCUUCAGUGGCUGGCUGCCCAAGUGCAGUCUGAAGCCCGGAGGCAGCGCAGCAGUGGGGGAUGCGUCAGUGGGAGAGAAAGCUGCGGCCCACCCUUUGCUCAUGGCUCAUGGAGAAGCUGACAGCCUGGUGCCAUUCGCCUUUGGCAAGGGGUCGGCGCAGGUGCUGCAGGAAGCAGGGUUCUCGAGCCUGACCUUCAAGUCAUACCGCGG